UCUUCAAGUCUCCAGGGGAUUCUUUGUAAUCGUCGCACUAUAUAAGUACUACCCAGUUGCCAUGCGAUCUGAAUCAGAAGCAACCAGUCCUCGCAUCUGAGAAUGAGAAGAAGCACCCCUGAGUCUUGCUAGAUCCAACAAGAUCCAACAGAUCUGGAGUUAGGAAGAUAAGAAAGAGUCGAAAAUGGAGAAGUCUUGCACGCUGCUUGUCCAUUUUGACAAGGGGACACCAGCAAUCGCCAAUGAGAUCAAGGAGGCUUUAGAAGGCAACGACGUCCCCGCUAAGAUCGACGCCCUGAAGAAAGCUAUUAUGCUUUUACUCAACGGCGAAACCAUCCCCCAAUUGUUCAUCACCAUUGUCCGGUAUGUUGUUCCCUCCGAAGAUCACACGAUUCAGAGGCUUUUGCUUCUGUAUUUCGAGAUCAUCGAAAAAACCGACUCGAAAGGGACGGUGCUACGGGAAAUGAUCUUGAUUUGCCAAAACUUGUUGAACAAUCUGAAUCACCCAAAUGAGUACAUCAGGGGCGUCACGCUCCGGUUUCUUUGUCGGUUGAAAGAAACCGAAGUUAUUGAGCCCUUGAUCCCUGCGGUUUUGUUGAAUUUAGAGCAUAGGCACCCCUUUGUUCGGAGGAAUGCAGUUCUUGCAGUGAUGUCAAUUUAUAAGCUUCCCCAAGGGGAACAGUUACUGGAUAAUGCCCCCGAUUUGAUUGAGAAGUUGAUCUCAACGGAACAAGAUCCAUCAGCCAAACGGAAUGCGUUCCUUAUGCUCUUCACUUCUGCCCAAGAAAGGGCAGUCAAUUACCUAUUCACCCACAUUGACAGAAUCAACGAUUGGGGUGAACAACUUCAGAUGGUGGUGUUGGAGUUGAUCCGCAAGGUUUGUAGAGCGAACAAGGGUGAGAAGGGGAAGUACAUAAAGAUCAUCAUAUCAUUACUCACUGCCCCAUCAGCUGCUGUAGUUUAUGAAUGUGCUGGGACCCUUGUUUCGCUCUCCUCGGCUCCUACUGCAAUCAGAGCUGCUGCGAAUACUUACUGCCAGCUCCUGCUCUCACAAAGCGACAACAACGUUAAACUUAUUGUGCUUGACCGGCUGAAUGAGCUUAAAUCUUCACAUAGGGAAAUUAUGGUUGAGAUGAUAAUGGAUGUUCUUAGGGCACUUUCAAGCCCAAAUCUUGACAUUCGUAGGAAAACUAUUGACAUUGCUCUGGAGUUGAUAACUCCAAGAAACAUCGAUGAAGUUGUUCUUCUGCUCAAGAAGGAAGUCAUGAAGACUCAGGGUGGAGAGCUUGAGAAAAAUGGGGAGUAUAGGCAAAUGCUUGUUCAAGCCAUUCAUUCCUGUGCAAUCAAAUUUCCGGAGGUGGCGAGCACUGUUGUGCAUCUUCUGAUGGAUUUCCUGGGAGACAGCAAUGUUGCUUCGGCCAUUGAUGUGGUUGUCUUUGUGCGGGAGAUAAUUGAAACAAAUCCGAAGUUGAGAAUAUCUAUUGUAACUAGGCUUUUGGACACUUUCUAUCAAAUCCGGGCUGCACGUGUGUGUUCUUGUGCUCUUUGGAUCAUUGGUGAGUACUGUCUUUCUCUUGCUGAAGUUGAGAGUGGAAUUGCAACCAUUAAGCAGUGCCUCGGGGAGCUCCCCUUUUACACCCCUACAGAGGAAGGGGAGAGUCAAGAUACUUCAAAGACUUCCCAGCAAGCAAACUCCAUGACAGUAUCGUCUAGAAGGCCUGCAAUUCUUGCGGAUGGGACUUAUGCUACCCAGAGUGCUGCCUCGGAAACUGCCAUGUCACCUCCAAUGCUUGCACAAGGAUCAUUGGCAUCUGUUGGAAACUUGAGAUCAUUGAUUGUUGCUGGUGAUUUUUUCCUUGGUGCAGUUGUGGCAUGUACACUGGCAAAACUUGUUCUGAGAUUGGAAGAGGUUCAGCCUUCUAAAGUUGAAGUGAACAAAGCCAGUUCCCAGGCCUUGUUGAUUAUGACCUCUAUGCUACAGCUGGGACAAUCUUCAUUUCUUCCACACCCAAUUGACAAUGAUUCUUAUGAUAGGAUUGUCCUAUGCAUUAGGCUGCUUUGCAAUACUGGUGAUGAUGCAAGGAAGAUAUGGUUGCAAUCUUGCCGACAGAGUUUUGUAAAAAUGCUUGCUGAUAAGCAGUUCCGUGAAGCAGAGGAGAUUAAAGCAAAGGCUCAGAUAACUCAUGCCCAGCCUGAUGACCUUAUUGACUUCUACCACUUGAAGAGCAGGAAGGGUAUGAGCCAGCUUGAGUUGGAAGACGAGGUGCACGAUGACUUAAAGCGUGCUACUGGAGAGUUUGUGAAAGACGGUGAUGAUGCAAAUAAACUUAAUCGCAUUCUUCAACUCACAGGAUUCAGUGAUCCUGUUUACGCUGAAGCAUAUGUGACAGUUCAUCAUUACGACAUUGUCCUCGAUGUUACUGUCAUCAACCGCACCAAGGAGACCCUCCAAAAUCUGUGCUUGGAGUUGGCAACCAUGGGCGACCUCAAACUUGUGGAACGCCCGCAAAACUACACACUAGCACCAGAAUCGAGCAAGCAGAUAAGGGCCAAUAUCAAAGUUUCUUCAACUGAAACAGGAGUUAUAUUUGGGAAUAUUGUCUAUGAGACUUCAAAUGUUUUUGAGCGAAAUGUCAUAGUCCUCAACGACAUUCACAUUGAUAUCAUGGAUUACAUUUCCCCUGCAACUUGUGCUGAUGUGGCAUUUAGAACAAUGUGGGCUGAAUUCGAAUGGGAAAACAAGGUUGCUGUGAACACUGUUAUUCAAGACGAGAAGGGAUUUCUUAGCCAUAUCAUCAAGUCAACAAAUAUGAAGUGCCUUACUCCACCGUCGGCACUUGAAGGUGAGUGUGGAUUCCUAGCUGCUAACCUCUAUGCGAAAAGUAUUUUUGGAGAGGAUGCUUUGGUGAAUGUGAGUAUUGAGAAGCAAGUGGAUGGAAAACUGAGUGGGUACAUCAGAAUAAGGAGCAAGACCCAAGGUAUUGCCCUUAGCCUUGGGGACAAGAUUACUCUUAAACAGAAAGGAGCUGCUUGAAUUGGCUAUAUACGUACAUUUUGGGAGUUAAUUCUAUCUUCUCGCGAAGCUCAUUUUGACAUUUUUUGUAUGUUUUGUGUACCAUUUGCGAACACCAUAUUGUUACUGUCUUUUGUUUACAUUUUUGCUUUUGGACAAAUGGGAAUGGGAUGCUACUUUAACUUUUGUUGUUCAAAUUGCAAUAUUUUGCCCUUCAUAUAUUGAAAUAUUUCUUCUUCC